AUGGAAGAACUUAAGACCCGUGUCCGUAUAAUCAAAAGCAAACCCAUGACACACUACAGCAAUCUAUGUCGCUCGAGCGAGCUAAAGACCGUCUUGUUUGAAGGGUGGAUGGCAAAUGAUAUCGCCUUUGGAGGCCAGCUUAUGACCACAACUAAUGUGGAAAACUUCCUUGGUUUCCCCGAAGGAAUAAUGGGUGGUGAGGCGGUGGCAAAGAAGCUGAAUUUUGAAGGGUCGAAAAAUUUUUGGAAUAGAGAGAUUUUGAUUUGUGCGGUAUGUGAUGAGGCUACUCCUAUUCUUAGGGAGAAGCCAUUGGCUAUGAUUGGAGGAGGGGAUUCAACAAUGGAGGAAGCUAAUUUUUUUACUAAGUAUGGAUUGAAAGUUUAUAUUAUUUAUAGGUGGGAUACAUUUAGGGCAUUUAAGAUAAUGCAAAGUAAGGCAUUGUCGAAUCCAAAGAUUGAGGUUAUUUGGAAUUUUGUAUUGGAGGAGGCUUAUGGAGAGAGGGUUUUAGGAGGGCUUAAAGUGAAGAAUGUUAUUACUCGGAGAGGUUUCGAAUUUGAAGGCUAG